AUGGGAGAUAUGCUCAGCCCAAAGCUCCUCAUAAGAGAAGGCGUUCGCGUCGCCGUCGAGGGCUGUAUGGUAAAAUAUACGGGCCACGGCCGCCUCAACCCAAUCUAUGCGGCUGUGGGUGCCGCCUGCACCGCCCGCGGUUGGCCAGGCGUCGAUCUGCUUAUCAUCUGUGGCGACUUCCAGGCAACGCGCAACGGACAUGAUGUCGAGGUUAUGUCGGUGCCAGCCAAGUACCGUGCAUUGGGUGAUUUCCACGAGUACUACUCCGGGGUGCGGACGGCGCCUUACCUAACCGUCUUCAUCGGCGGAAACCACGAGGCUGCCGCGUAUAUGCGAGAGCUGUACUAUGGCGGCUGGGCCGCGCCCAACAUCUACUACAUGGGUGCGGCUAACGUACUGCGCGUAGGUCCGCUGCGGAUUGCCGGGCUAAGCGGCAUCUGGAAGGGAUUCGACUACCGCAAGGGCCACGGCGAGAGGCUGCCUUUCGGCAGGGGGGACAUCAAGAGCUUCUACCACGUCAGGGAGCUCGACGUGAGGAAGCUGCUGCAGGUGCGGGAACAGGUCGAUGUCGGGCUGAGUCACGACUGGCCCAGGGGCGUGGAAAAGCACGGCGACGUGCAGGCGCUCUACAGGCAGCGGCCCAUGUUCAGGGAGGAGAGCCUGGCUGGGACGCUGGGCAACAUCGCUGCCGAGUACGUGAUGGACCGGCUGAGGCCCGCGUACUGGUUCUCGGCGCACUUGCACUGGAAAUUCUCAGCUAUCAAGACUUACCCGCCGCCUGGGACUACUCCUUCUGACCAGGUUGGAGGAUCAGCCGACGACGCUCAAGCUGCACAGCCUGAACCGUCAGUGUCUGCCUCAACGACGGCAGCAACAGCCGCAGCACCAAUCUCAGCAGUGGAAGACCCCAACGAGAUCGAAUUGGACCUAGAAGACGAUGAUGAGGAAGACGUCAGUGCGCCCGCCACGGCAGACAAGAACGACGCACCUCCUGCGCCCAAAGACACGGCCGAGGCACCGAGCACCGCCGUACCAGACGACCUGCGCGCUCAGCUUCCCGCCUCCUUCACGCAGUCCAGAUCUGCUGCCGCCGGCCCCAAGACGACUCCGGGGCAGCCCGUGCCCCCCACCAUCACCAACACCUCCGUCCGCUUCCUGGCCCUUAGCAAAUGCGACCCGGGGCGUGAGUUUCUGCAGCUCGCCGACCUGCACCCCGUCGACCCAUCUCAUCUAGACAGCUAUCCGCCCUCUACAGCCGCGACCGCAACCGACCCAAACAGCCGCUAUCGCUUGCAGUACGACCCAGAGUGGCUCGCCAUCACCCGUGCCUUUCACCCGCUGCUUCCCGUUGGCGGCUCUCCCGCGGAUUCCAUCCCCGCUGACGAAGGUGAGGAGACCUACCGUCCCCUCAUAGAAGAGUCGCGCGAUUGGGUGGAUACCCACAUCGUCGCGGCAGGAAAGCUCGACGUCCCACAGAAUUUUGCGCAGACGGCCCCCGCCCUCACGGAGGGGUGCGACUCGGCACUGUGGAAUGUGCACUCUGGAGUCCAGCCGAGGGAGUACACGAACCCACAGACGGCGGCGUUCUGUGUGUUGCUGGGGCUGGAGAGUAACCCCUGGGACGCAACCGAGGAGGAGCGCUGA